AUGAAGUUACUCGUGCUCUCAUUGCCGGCCGUGAUGGCUGCGGCCACUCCGUUCAAGCACCACAAGGGAUACCGCCAGGCCAAUGCGACAACACCGGCUUUUAUUCUUGCUGGCGACUCCACAACUGCAGUUCAGUCUACUGGCGGUGGUGGUUGGGGAAACGGCUUCUUGUCGUUUUUGAAGUCACCAGCGUGGGGAAUCAACCUGGGUCACAAUGGUGCCACGACUGUGAGCUUUGUCAAUGGCGGCGACUGGGCAACCGUGACGGGCUACGUCGAUGACAAGACUGCCGAUGGCUACGAUGUUUACGUGACCAUCCAGUUUGGUCACAAUGAUCAAAAAGCAGCAGCCAACAUCACCCUAGACGAGUACCAAGCCAACCUCGAGAACCUCGCCCUUGACGUCAAGUCCCACGGCGGGACUCCGCUCCUCGUGACCCCUCUGACCCGCCGGGCGUUUACUUCAGAGCACAAUGCCUCGGAUUCUCUGCACGACCAGCGCAUCUACACCAUUGCGGCGGCCGAGGCCACCGACACCACGUACCUGGACCUCAACAAGUACUCGCUCGAGUACGUUGAUGCCAUUGGCAACACGUCGGCUCAGGCGUAUGAUCUUAAUGGAUAUGGUGCCGACACUACGCACCUCAAUGCUUAUGGCAGUAUUGUCUUUGGUCGAUUAGUGGCCGACUUAUUGUUGGAGAAGCUGUCUGUUCUGGAUUCUUGGUUUAUUCCAAAUGAAACACUGAGCUAUGAUUUGGCGAAUGGCAUCGCAGCAUAA